AUGGCUAACUCCUCCUUGGUGACGGAGUUCCUCCUGUUGGGUUUCUCCAGCCUCGGGGACCUGCAGUUUGUUCUUUUUGGGGUGUUUCUCUGCCUCUAUCUGGUCAUCUUGAGUGGGAACGUCAUCAUCAUCUCAGUGGUCCGCUUGGACCGCAGUCUGCACACACCCAUGUACUUCUUUCUGGGUGUUCUUUCCACCUCAGAGAUCUUCUAUACACUUGUCAUCCUGCCCAAGAUGCUUAUUAACCUGUUCUCUGUCCUGAGGACGCUCUCCUUCGUGAGUUGUGCCACCCAGAUGUACUUCUUCCUCGGGUUUGCCCUCACCAAUUGCCUGCUGCUGGGGGUGAUGGGUUAUGACCGCUACGCUGCCAUCUGCCACCCCCUGCGGUACCCCACUCUCAUGAGCUGGAAAGUGUGUAAGCAGCUGGCAGGAACUUGCAUUGCUGUCGGCUUCCUGAUGUCUCUAGUAGGGACAAAUUUGGUCUUCAAUCUCCCUUUCUGUGGUCCGAACAAGGUUGACCAUUACUUUUGUGAUAUCUCACCAGUCAUCCGCCUAGCCUGUGCUGAGAGUCACGUCCAUGAAAUGGUCAUCUUCCUCUGUGGGGUUUUCUUGCUCGUGGUGCCCUUGACCUUCAUCUGCAUCUCUUACAGCUUCAUUGUCCGCACCAUCCUGAAGAUACCAUCCACUGAGGGCAAGCAGAAGGCCUUCUCCACCUGUGCCUCCCAUCUCAUUGUGGUCACCGUCCAUUACGGCUGUGCAUCAUUUGUCUACCUGAGACCCUCCACCAAAUAUACCACAGGCAAAGACAGGCUAGUGACAGUGACCUACACCAUCAUUACCCCACUACUGAAUCCCAUGGUGUACAGCCUCAGGAACAAAGAUGUACAGCUGGCCAUUCGCAAGGUGAUUGGGAGGACUGGCUUUUCUCUUAAGACUUUAUAA